AUGCAUCGCCUGCCCAGGGUCUGCCCCUACAUCCGCCGCCUCCGCGUGGCCCUGCUUUGCCUGUGGUCCGGCAGUCGCUUCGCCCACUCGGAGCCCCAGCGCCAGCGGCCUGCGUCUGCCUUGGAAAUGGCUCUUGGAAUUGUGGUGAUUUUUUUGGCCUUCUUAACACCGUGUGCCUAUGUGUUAAGCAAUCUGAGCCAGUUCAGAAAAGAUUAA